GGCUCGGCACCCUCAGCUCGCCGGCGCUUCCCUUUUCCUCCUCCUCGUGCUCUUUAAUUGCUCUUUUAAUUGCUCUCCUUUGAAGUGCCGUGUCAAAUCAGCACGUCGUCGACGCUCGGCGACCGCUAAAACUUGCCAAAGCCACGUUUACUGUGGGCUGUCCGCCACCGGCUGCUGGUUAGCCACCCACCAUCUCAUCUCAUCUGCAGACGGCGCCCUCAAGCUAAAGCAACCAUGCGGGCCGCCUCGGAGCGAGCCUUCAAAGGCCAGCCCGACAUUGAGCUCGACAGCAGAAGCAGCAGCAUUCGCAAGCGGUCGCUGGAUCGCGAUGGCGGCGCCGCCCACGACUCGGAUAGCGAUGGAGAGGGAGAUGAGGACCUGCCCCUGUACGAGGGCGAUCCGUUGGCAUCGCCGGCGGCAGUGCCCAAGGCGGCGUCGGUGUCGGCGCGAUACGUCGUCAUCAUGUGCUCGCUGUUCAUCUUCAUGGUCGAGCUGAGCAUGUAUGUCACGGAUCCGGCGCUGCAGAUGAUCAUGGAGGAUGUGGCCUGCCACGACCACUACCCGGACCACAAGAUUGGUGAUUUCUCGGGCGAGGACACCCGCUGCAAGAAUGCCGACGUCCAGGGGACCUUGGCCAUGUCCAGAUCGUGGAUGAUGUGGGCGGCAAUGUUCGUGCCUCUUCUUGUGCAGAUCCCCUACGGCAUCGUCGCCGACAACUAUGGCCGCCGCCUGGUCCUGUUCCUGGGCCUCUUGGGCAACCUGCUCGGGUCGUGCUGGACCGUGAUUGUCUUGCUCAACCCCACAGUAUUUUCCAUAUGGUAUCUUGUCCUAAGCGCUGUUCCAAACUUGAUUGGAGGCGGCGGCUCCGUCAUCAUCGCCAUGGUUUGGACCAUUCUCACAGACGCCAUCGCGCCAGAGAAAAGAACCACUCUCUUCUAUCAGAUGCACGCCAUGAUGCUUAUCCUGAGCACAAUCUUCCGUCCCAUUGCUGGUUGGAUGCUGAGCAUCAACCCCUGGCUAUCCAUGUGGACGGGUCUUGGUUCUCUCGCUAUAAGCACCGCCCUAACCCUCCUCAUCCCCGAGACUCUGCAUCUCACUCAGAGCUCCAAUGGACAGCAGGUACACGGCCAUGCGCCGCAUUUCCCUCCGCUCGGACCCAAACAGAGCGUCAUUCGGACGGCAUGGGAGACGGCAAGAAAGGAUGCUUCGCGCGUCUGGCAACUGCUUCACAACUCCAAGAACCUCUACCCUCUUAUUCUUGGCUUGGCUUUCUACACCCCCAUUCACACUGGAUUUGAAAUGAACAUGCUUCAGUAUGUGACAGCGAGAUUUGAGUGGGACUGGUCCAAGGCAACCUACUUUAUGACCAUCCCCAAGAUCACUUCAGUCAUCGUGCUACUUGUCGUCUUGCCCGCCAUCACCUGGGUCAUCAACAGACGCAUGCAUCUUGACAUUUUGACAAGGGACCUUUACUUUGCUCGUGGGUCUAUCAUCUGCGUCGUAAUAGGCAACGCGCUCACAGUAGUCUCGGCAACACCCUGGCUGCUGGCCAUCUCUCUAAUCGCUCUUGGCUUCGGCAACGGCCUGCUGCCGCAAGUUCGGGCUAUACUCGCCUCACAAGUGGAGGCACAUGCCCUGGCAACGGUCAACACGGCAAUUGCAUCUGUAGAAACAAUGGUUGGCCUGAUCGGCACGCCCGCACUAGGUUGGCUGCUAAGCAAAGGAAUCGCGCUUGGCGGGUUUUGGAUGGGAUUGCCCUAUUUGGCGACCACAUGCUGUGCCAUUGCCAGCGCCGUCGCCAUCUUCAUGUUUAAAUUUCUUCCACAGAGUGCCAAGUCUGAUGAAGAGGCGCUUUACGAUGCACUGAGAACUGAGGAGGACAUGUAGACGCAUAUGCCUCUGAUGGAGGAGGUAGCCAACAUAAUUGCAAUGUGAUCCCAUUCGUGAAUUCGCACUUUACAUGUAACUACUUGGUACGCACAGCAAACUGUGAUGUAAGACGU